AUGGGACCGAAGAGGAGGAAAACUCUCGUCCCGCGAGAUGACGAGGAUGACACCAUUUCUAACAGCCGUCAGCCGAAGUUUUCCUCCACCGAAGUUCUAAAGUUAGUUAGUCUUGUGGAAAAGAAUUGGGGGGUUAUUAAUGACAAGUUUUCAGACGUGAUUACAUUGAAGCGAAAGCAGGAUGUGUGGAGUGACAUAACGCGAAGAGUGAACAGCGUUGACACCGUACUUAGAACAAACAAAAGCAUUCGGCACAAGUGGGACGAUAUGAAAUCAAAAGUCAAACAGGAGGCCGUCUAUGUAAAAAAAGAUGGCAACGUGCCAUUGGAAGAUGCCAUUCCUCAGCUAACGGAAUUGGAGGAAAGGAUUGCAGGACUCAUCGGGACUAAAAUUAUUGAGGGAAUCCCUGGCGGCAUAGAUACAGAAGAGCCUGUCUCCGGCGACCAUGACAACCACGAGGACCGCGACUUCGAUUUCAAAACGCUAUAA